CGUGUAGACUGUCGAAAAUAUGUGAAACAGACGUUUGGUUGUUUAAUCUUCAUACUUCUCGUCCUGUAUUUAUAUCCUACCAUAUUUGUGCGUAUCAAGUGAUAUUUAUUUUCAUUCAAAACGUGCGAAAUUCGAAGUAUUAGCUUAACUAUGGAAGCGACUCCGACCAACAAACGUUCACGUGGGAAGAGAUGUGUAGCGUAUGGAUGUGGAAACACCACUUUAGACGGUGUUUCACUUCAUUUUUUCCCAUUAGACAGACCGGAAAUAUGCAAAGUUUGGACUGCAUUUGUGCGGAGGAAAAGGGAUUUGUGGGACGGGCCAACAAAACAUUCAGUUUUGUGUUCGGAACAUUUCGGUGAGGACUGCUACCCGAUGCAGUACAGAUUUCUUCAAUCAAUGGGACGUACACCACCGAAAAAGAAAACGCUAAUAAAAGAUGCUGUGCCAACGAUCAACAAAGGCUGCACCAACGUAGAGGAAACGCCUGUCAAAAGACCACGGACUGCUUUCGCAAAAAGAGAGAACAGAAGGAUAGUCGAGCAAUGUUUGAAAGAGAGUUCCACGGUAUCCACAGACACUCAGGUGGAGGAAGAUCCUGAUGUUUCAGCCAGUGAUGAGGUUAUGGAAUUGCCAGAGGAACAUGUACAGACAAGAAAUGACCAUGAUUAUUUCUCCUGCAAUUUCAAGGAAACACCAUCAAAGACAAAAACCUGUGGCACGCAGCUCUCCCUGAAACCACCCAAGAGGAAAACGGUCAGGAUACAAGUGGCCCCCAAUGCAGUGGAGAAAGGAUGUCAAACUCAUGCUCCAAGACCAAAGGUGAGACAUGCAGAAGUUCAAUGUAAUCUUCUAAAGCCAGUGGUGGAGAAAGAUGAAGAAACCAACUUGGAAAGUGAUAGUGAGUACGAAGAUCAUCUAGACCUUUUCAAGACCAACAGUAAAGAUCUAGACGACUCCUAUCAUCCGGAUUCUGGUCCAGACGACUCGGACACAGAGUUAGAUAUGGAAGAAAAUGAAGAUGUGCUACACAGUGGACAGAGCAGAGACAGACUCCUCAUAAUUGAAGAAAGCAAACUGCUUGAACUUUUUGAUAAAUGUAGACACUGUUUAUCACCAUGCCAAGGAGAAGUGACACGAAUGAUCGGUACCAUGUGUUGUGUGCAUCAAGAAUGUGACAUGUGUGGUAGGACCUUUAAAUGGAGAAGCCAGUCAAUGGUGGGAUCCCUUCCAAGAGGAAAUGUCCAGCUGUCUGCCAGCAUUUUAUUUUCUGGAUCGUUGCCCUCAAAGACUCUAAGAAUUUUUAACUUUAUGGACAUCCCGGUAAUAUGCCAUGACACGUUUUUCAAGCAUCAGCGACAUUAUUUACAGCCUACAAUUCUAAGGAUGUGGACAGAAAAACAAGUGCAAUAUUUUGCAGAAAUGUGCGAAAGUGACAAUGACAUUUGUAUAGGAGGAGAUGGUCGAUGCGAUACCCCCGGACACUGUGCUAAGUUUUGCAGUUAUUCACUGAUGGAUUUGGACAGAGGGACAGUCGUAGAUAUACAGUUAGUUCAGAGCAAUGAAGUCAAACAUAGUGUCAACAUGGAAAAGGAAGGGUUAAUACGGAGCGUGGACAAUCUAAAACGCCAUGGGAUCAACAUAGAUACCCUAGUCACCGACCGACAUGUCCAGAUCAGAAAGUGGGUGAGGGAGAACAUGACAGAGACCAAUCACUGCGUUGAUGUAUGGCAUGUUGCAAAAGGUUUGAAGAAGAAGUUGUUGGCACUGUCAAAAGAAAGAGAUUGUGGUGAACUUGAAAGCUGGAUAAGAAGUUUAACCAAUCACUUAUACUGGGUUCCUGCAUCAACGCCCUCAGCAGAUGGCGCUUUGAUGUACCAGAAGUGGGUUUCUGUAGUAAACCAUGUCCAAAAUAUCCAUGAUGGUCAUGGUGAUCUGUUUCCUUGCUGUCUGCAUGAUGACUUGAGAACACAGGAAAGGAAGAAGAAAUGGAUAAAACCAGAGAGUAAAGUAAUGGAGAAGCUAGAACUGAUGUUGACAUCACCACAAAUGAAAAAGGACAUUCCCAUGCUAUCAACACAUCACCAAACUUCAGAACUAGAAGGGUACCACUCAACAGUUAACCAGUUUGCCCCUAAAAUGCAUGGCUUUUCAUUCAAUGGAAUGUUGUGCAGGGUGAUUCUAGCUGCACUUCACCACAAUGAAAAUGUGAGAAGAGAACAAGCCAUGACAUCUGCUGGGGAGAAAAUGUUCAAGAUAAUCUACCCUAAACAGAAGAAAGGUGGAUACACUGUCAGAAAAGUCAAAACAAAACAAACAUUUGACUAUGUACAUGAACUGAUGGCAGAAGUGCUACAAGUGGCAGAAAAAAGUACGAUGCAAGUGGAGGAUAUGCUACUUAAAGACCAACCCCCACCACUCUGUAGUGGUUUUGUCAGACCUGUAAAAAUGGAAGCUGUCGCAUUGAUGGAAUCAAGAUUUAACAUGAACAUUUAAAAUACAUACAUGUACAUGAAUUUUCAUCUGUUUUUUAAUAUGGUCUGCAAGUCUGUUUUACUUUACUUCUGUGUACCAACUGACGUUUUAGGUAGUAGUCUUAUAGAAGAAAAGUAUUUUCAAUUUCGACAAAAUGCACAUUUCCCAAGGAGUUUUUAAAAACGUACCUACUGGUAAUCCUCCGUUUUCAUAGUUAUGAUUGUUCAAGUUAAGUGGUAUGUUCUAGUAGGUCACAUGACGAGACUUACAGAUCCUAUUACAGUUUCAAGUGUAUAUAUGAAUAAAAAACAACAAUCAGAUAUCAAUUAUAA